AGCGGCUGGCAGAGCGGUGGGCAGAGCGGGUGCAGCGGCGGGCAGGGCGGGCAGGGCGCGGCGACCAUGGCUUCCAAGUGCCCCAAGUGCGACAAGACCGUGUACUUCGCGGAGAAGGUGAGCUCUCUGGGCAAAGACUGGCACAAGUUCUGCCUCAAGUGUGAGCGCUGCAACAAGACCCUCACAGCAGGGGGCCAUGCCGAGCACGACGGGAAGCCCUUCUGCCACAAGCCUUGCUAUGCCACGCUGUUCGGGCCCAAAGGUGUUAACAUCGGAGGUGCUGGCUCCUACAUCUACGAGAAGCCCGCUGCUGAGGGCCCUCAGGUCACCGGCCCCAUUGAGGUGCCCGUGGCCCGAGCUGCAGCUGAGGAACGAAAGGCCAGUGGACCCCCGAAGGGGCCCAGCAAAGCCUCCAGCGUGACUACAUUCACUGGGGAGCCCAAUAUGUGCCCUCGCUGCAACAAGAAAGUCUACUUUGCCGAGAAGGUGACGUCCCUGGGCAAAGACUGGCACAGACCAUGCCUGCGCUGCGAGCGCUGCGGAAAGACAUUGACCCCUGGCAGUCACGCCGAGCAUGACGGCCAGCCCUACUGCCACAAGCCCUGCUAUGGGAUUCUCUUCGGACCCAAGGGUGUCAACACUGGGGCUGUGGGCAGCUACAUCUACGACAAGGACCCUGAAGGCAAAGUGCAGCCCUAGACCUUGGGCCGGGAUCCCUAGAGCACUGCUUGCUUGGCUGGGCCUGGACAAGCCAGCUCGUACUGCUGCGAGGGCCACGUCCUACCUGCAAAAGCAGGUCUAUCUCUGGGGGGAAGGAAGCAGCCAGGCGCGCCCCAGCUCUUGUUACCCUCCCAGCUGCUGUCCCCGGGUGGUGCCUGGGGGUGGCUCCUGACCCCUCCCCAGCUUGCCACCAGUGUUAUUUAUGCUGCCCUUACCCUUGGUGGCCACCGCCUCUCCACUCACCUAAGGGAGGGCCCCCUGCCUAGAGCUUUCCCUAGGCCCCACACUGCCUCCAGCGCCAACACUGCCUGGGAUUCUGCUGUCAAUAAAGGUUUCAGAUCACAAG